AUUGAUAGUUCUCUGGAUCGUGAAUAAAUUUCUUCGGUCGCAUUCGAUUUUCGACCUAAAUGCAAAGUUACUACAGUUCGAUUGCCUGUGUAUACGCACAUAUGUGCAUGUGUUUAUUCUUGUAGCGAGCGACCUGUCACAACCAACCGUCUGCAAUGCGGUGCAUUUUAAUAUUUGACCAUUUGAACGAUGUCUUGUUUACAAAGUGCAACAAAAAAUUUGCUCUGCAUAUACAGAAGCUGGCCAGGAUACAGGGACUCGUUCCUGACGACAAGGACCAAACCGAUGUCAGUGACAAGUUGAGUCCGAAUACUAUAAUCCAACUGUUUGCGCCAAUUGUAACUUCCCAGCGAGUGAUGGCGUGUCAAUUUGGCAACUCAUACACAUCUGUACAGUGUCAGGAUGGUACUAACAUGGUGUUUGAUGAUUUCAUGGGCUACAUGUUUGUCCACAUUGCCAGCAGCGACGUCACUUUAAUGAAGAGGACUUUGGGAGUCUGCGUAUCCAUUGUUCGACACUUGUGUGGACCUGACGUAGCUCUAUUAAAGUGGAACAAGCAAAGAGUAUCUCUGGUUUCAUCCUUACUGGACGCCUGGAUAUCUCUGCGGGGAUGUGAGCAGAGCAUACUUGUCGAAGCUAUAGAACAAUUAUCAGUCAAUCCAGAGUUAGCGUCCGCAACUCUGAGAGCACUGCACGAUGCAACUGACAAACUUAGAACGCAAUCGGAAUUCAGUAAUGUUCAUGCCUUGGUUUUGGUGGAAAAUAAGUUUUUAUCCUUAUACUCGAGUAAAAAUUCGCUCGACUUGAGUGCCUCUGAUAUUUUGCUAAUGAUGCUGCUCUGCUGGGUUGCUGGAGAUAAAGGAAAAUUAAUGGAAGAUCAAGAUAACUCUGAUGAUGAUUUUUUAAGCCCGGAAAGUAAUUUGACAGAAGAGUCAAAAGGCCUUAAUAUUACUGGGAAAUUAGCUAAUCCAACGUGCAGAGACAUCACGAAUUUAUUUGGUGACUCAAGAGAUUCAUCUAUCAGCGAGGGUUUGUACAAGUUAGCCGAAGAUGAUUUGUACAGCCAACUGGUACUGCUUGGCUCUGGUCAUAACUAUACAGCAAAUGCGAUUCAUAUUACAGAAUUAGCAGAUGGUAUUAAUUUAGUUAUAAUCAUAGAGGCAAGCAACUUGUCAACGUCGUCUGGUCUGUACGAUAGUUUUUACUAUUUGAAUACUAUGAACAAUCUACAGCUGCAGAAAGACAUAGACGAGCUGAAGCCAGCGUUUGAUAACUUAGAUGCAGCGAUAAAGAAAUCAAUAGACGGGAUUAAGAAAAACAGAAAUCACAUAAACAACGACAUUGAUAUGUGUCAGAGAAGAUUACAAGUGAAAUGGGAAUUUAUACGUAAGAAAUACAUAGAACUACUGAAAUCCAGAGAUCCCGAAUGCAUUCUCAGGAUAGAAUCCAGCACUUCUGGAUUUACGGACACUAUGAAAGAGCUUCUCCAGCUCACCUGCUUUGACAAGAACUUUUUGAAGCAAGGCGUAGACGUCAUUACAGCUGUCAGUAAAUUGGUCAGACAGAAAAUCAACGACUUCAGCAAUUUCUUGAAAGUCAAAGCGCUUAAGAACUUCACUCUUGGCUCGAGAACUUCCCUAACCAUCAACAAAUAUCUGGAAGAGUUCCCAGGGCUGGUUCAUUUUAUUUACGUAGACAGAACGACGCACAGGCUCACUGCGCCAACUUUGGAUUUCACUAGUCCUGAAACAUUAGCACUUACCAAUAAGAAGAUAUGGGCGAUGGUUGAUCACAGCAGAGCCCAUUUGCAAGAAGGACACUUGUCUGUCAUGUGGAAGGAUACAACGUUUAAUUAUGCGUAUUUUUUAUGGUUUGAGGACAAUUCGGGGUCCCCUUUGAAGUGUAAAACUUAUCCGAAUCAUCUGAUGAAAAAUCUCCCCCUGCCUGGUAUCAUAUGUGGUGACUAUUACAAGAAACUUGUUGAAGUCUGCUUUCCAAAGUUAUCUCCAAACAAGAUCAGAAUAUAUGAGCUCUACUGUGUACACUUGGGUCUAGCAACAUCGUCUUGCGUCUUGGAACAUUCCAGAAGACUCGCAGCGACGAUAUGGGAAGUUACCGGAGUGCCAAACAACCCUAUUGAUAUACUGUAAAAUUAACAACUGGUCAGAGGUUACAAGAAUGCGAAAUUUAAUUAAAUGGAACCAAAACAAAUUUGAUUUGUUUUUAGCAGCUCUAAGUAUCCUUAAGAAGUCGCAGAAUUUUCUAAGUAAUAUGUGUACUGUACCAAAGGAUACGAAAUGUUUUAGAAUAGGUAUAGAAAACCCGUAGUCAUGUGAUAUUCAGUUCCUUUUUUCAAAUGUUCCAUUCCGCUUUGUGUCACUGUGAUGAUAUUGAGGAUAAGGAGAGGAUUUCGUUGAAGGGUAUACAAAUUGCGCAGAUGAAAAAAUCCCGUUACUUUAUGAUUCUUACGUGAGCAGUCCUAAAGCACGAUAAGAAAAUGUUCAAGCGAAAAAUGAUAUCCACAUUAAUAGCACACAUUCCGUAUUAAUACAGUAUUUU